AUGUCAACUGUCAAUCCAACAGCCACUUCCCCAACGCCUUCCCAGCAGCUGACAUCCACCUAGCUGAUUGGUAUGCUGGACAACAAAACGAACUUGUCAUCAAAGGCAUCAAGCAUGAACUCCAGGAAAAAUUACUACGACGAGGAGGGUGAUGAAGAUGAAAUCGCUAUUGAAAAUGGUACUUAAGUAGAGGAUUGCUAAACCACCACCUUCGAUUCAAUGUUUUACACAGACCUAGCUAGUAUUCCAAUAAACGAUUUUAAGAAAGCCUCUGGGAAGAAAGAGAAGGCAAAGCCUCCUAGAAGAGGCAGGGGCAGACCACCUCAUUCGUUCAAUAAAGCCAAAGCAUGA